UCCACUGGUAUAUGAGUCAUAAUCCACUAUCACUUUGUAUUCCGUGAGUGUGGUCCAGUGCUUUCUUUCUUCUCCAAUAAUUCUCAGGGAAAUCUUAAAAUUGACAGAUAUAAUUUGGAGUAAAAUUUAUCGUAGAAUUUUGUAAGUAGUUCAAAUAAGCCCAAUGUUACAAUUUGAUUCUUUAUUCCAAUGUAAUUACAGGUUAAAAAGGUGUAUGUUAAAAUACUUGUUUUGGAAUUGCUAGUAAGGAAUAGAUAAAUUAACAACUUAGCUCAUUUUUUUUAUAUAGCAGUCCAAAAUUAUAUCAAAAUUAUAUCACAUCACAAUCAAAUCUGGUUGACUAUUUCAUUCUAGUUGGUAAAAGGUCGUUCAGGUUGUCCAAUACUGAAUUCACCCGAAGCUAGCAAGUGGCAACAGGGGAGAGGUACCACUCCCUUUUAACAAGAGAAAGCUACAGCAGAACCAGGCAAUCUGAAACAACUGGCUUUGGGUUGAGAGGAGAGGCAGGAGUGACAGAAAAGCAAAACAAAGCAGUACAAGGUUAAUGUCUGCACCUAGGAUCUUUGUAGAGGAGCCUUAUUAGCAUCUUGUUAGAAAAACCUUUAAAAAAAAGCAAAGGAAGGGUCAGGAUUGUAGUGCAGCACUAAUACUUUACCUUUAAAAUGUUACUGGAAAUGGUGUACUAUUGCUAUUAAUAACUGUUUCAGUAACACGUGAAGCUUUUUGAUUUUGUUUCUUUUUAUCAAUACAGACAGUUGAAAUCAGCAAAAAGAUUUGGUAGUUAACUUAUCAAAUAAAUGAUCAAAUAUGGUUGGAAUUAAACUUUUAGAUCUACCCACAUUUGAAGUGCCAUUUCCUAAGCAACUCCAGUUGACUCAUUUCGUUGCAGUUGACUCAUUCCCUCACAAGUUAGUAAAACAAGUUGCUAAGAAGUGGUGCUGUACACAACUGCAACAGUCCUUAAAGGAUGAGGGGGUCUAGUAAGUUCACUGCCAACUGACUUCAUUUCCCAUAGUGCAUCAUUAGGUAUGAGGCUUGGCUGGGUGGAGAGAACAGGUGGGGCAGGUUUCUAUUGUUACCACAAGUGAUGUGAAGAGGGCAGGACUCAGGUGAGGAAGAACAGGAAAAACUGAUGGGAGAACCUCGGUGGGAGGAACUGUAAACGAAUGUUUGUGUGUGUAAGAGAGCGUAAGUACGUACCUGGGACUGCAGACUGCUAUAAAGAGACACAUCUUUAAACUAUUGCUAACAGGAAGAUUUUUUUCCAUUUUUAUUUAAGCAUAUUUUUUUGGGGGGGGUGGGGAAUUACUGGAGCCCGUUUUACAAGGACUUAAAGGAUGGGAUGGAUUUUCAUGUCAUUUGUUGCCGUGGGAAGUAAAGUGGGUCAACACCUGAGAAGGAGCUAAAAGGAGAAGCUGAACUGAGACCGUUUUUGUCCCGCUGAAAGAGCACAAGAGAGGAAGGACAUACUAAACUUUCUGGGAAUACUAAAGAGGAAGAAUGCAUAACUGGACAGGAAACACCAUCUUUUUUAUUUCUCGUAAAAUAUACAUAGAAGCAGUUGAUUUCUGAAGCUUCUAAUAUAUUAACCACAAACCAAAUUGGUGAUAAAUAUUCUCCUUAGCUGUUGCUGUUUGGAACUUUUUUUUUUUUUUUUAAAGUAUAAUUUUGGGCUCAUUUUUAAGCCUCCAUUCAACCGUAAAGAUAACUCAUCACCUUUCAGCUACCAAAGGUCAAACAUUCCAAGAGAUCUGCAGUUCAGCUAAAGGAGGGAUCAUUUCCUCUGCUCACACUGAAAACGACACACACUCCGCUGUACUUCCACCAUGCAGGCACCGCCACCUGAGCACGAUGACACUUUUGAUUUCCUGUUUAAGAUCAUCCUCAUUGGGGACACCAAUGUGGGGAAGACCUGCGUGCUCCAGAACUUUAAGUCAGGGGUUUUCUCUGACAAGCAGCAGAACACCAUCGGAGUGGAUUUUACAGUGAGGACGGUGGAUAUUGAAGGAAAGAAAGUAAAGAUGCAGGUGUGGGACACAGCAGGUCAGGAGAGGUUUCGGACCAUCACCCAGAGUUACUAUCGCAGCGCUCAUGGCGCCAUGAUCGCCUAUGACAUCACACGAGGUUGCACCUUUGAUUCGGUGGAGCAUUGGAUCAAGGAGGUAGAGCUGUAUGGAGCUGCCAAUGUACUCUUGGUGGUAAUAGGAAACAAAUGUGACCUGGAGGAGGAACGGGAGGUUCCGUUCGAGAAAGCUUGCAAUCUGGCAAAAGAAAGAGGCAUACUCGCUGCUUUGGAAACAUCUGCCAAGGAAAGUCAGAAUGUGGAGGAAGCCUUCUUGAUGAUGGCCAGGGAGCUGCUGUCUCGUAACGGCCUCAACGUCCAUCAGGAUGAAGUUGAGAACAACGGCAUGCCUCGGAUCCUCCUCAGAGAGAACUCUCGACCAGUCAAUGUCAGCAUAGGCGCCUACGUUCCACCAGAGAAAGAGAAGAAGUCGUGUUGCUGACGCAGAGAAACGGUGACUGAAGAUGCUUGAAGGGUUUUAUUUAUUGGGAAUGCUGAUGAAGGAAAGAAAGCAGAAGAAUUCCUGGAUGAAGAUCUGUGACGUCGAGGCUUGAUGUAUGCCUGAUGCAUGACAUUUCUGUCAGAAGGCAGAUGUCAAAGAGAUCAUUGUAUCUGAUCUGAGAGGAAUGCUGAUGAAGCGUCUUCACCAGAAAAAUCUGUGAUCAGUGUUCAGGAAACGCUACAGCCAAACGAUCUCCUUUCAUAUUAACUGGCCCAUGAUGCUAAUAUUUUUCUAAAUUCAAAUAGUUUAUUGGAAGUCUAAGAGUGUGCUAAGUGCUUGGGGUUGUUUUACGGUGCGAUUUUGUUAAAAUUAAGUUGAAAGAGGAUUUUUUUUUUCUUUACCUAUGUGGUGUCUCUUAGACUGUGGAUUUAAGUUUCCAAAACGGCUUGCCAUACACAAAACUACUGUGAAAUACAGGUUGGACACACCUUCUAAUUGAAUUCAAUUAGGAAGUGUGUCCAAACGUUUGGUCUGUACUGUAUGUCUGAAUUGAUUUCACGACACAGCUGCAAAAACCUGUGAAAAUAAAAAAAAAGCCAUAUUUGA